AUGGAGCCCAUUGCGAUAGUUGGUACAGGGUUCCGAUUCCCUGGAUCCUGCUCAACUCCUUCGCGCCUCUGGGAUCUUCUACAUGAGCCUCGAGAUGUUGCAAGUAAAGUACCCAAAGACCGGUUUAACAUUGACUCCUUCUAUCACCCAGUCAGUUCCCACAAUGGCACUACAAAUGUCACCGAAUCAUACUUUCUCACGGAGGAUGUGAAAGGUUUUGAUGCAUCGUUUUUCAACAUGUCCGCCAGCGAAGCCGAAUGCAUUGACCCGCAACAGAGACUUCUCUUAGAAACAGUCUACGAAGCGCUGGAGGCAUCUGGAAUUCGAAUCGAGGACCUACGAGACUCCCCGACUGGGGUCUUCUGUGGUGUUAUGUGUGAUGACUGGUCGCUCAUCCAGGCGCGCGAUAUCAACUGGCUUCCUCGAUAUGCUGCCACGGGUACGGCUCGCUCAAUUAUCCCCAACAGGGUCUCCUUUUUCUUUGACUGGCACGGUCCAUCUAUAGCGAUCGAUACUGCGUGCUCAUCCAGUCUCGUUGCUGUCGAUCUUGCCGCAAAGGCUCUCCGUAACAAUGAUUGCCGCGUGGCUGUUGCCUGUGGGACCAACCUCAUACUGGCGCCCAGCAUGUAUGUCUCCGAGGCGAAUUUGAAUAUGCUUUCACCUCUGGGCCGGGGUCGCAUGUGGGAUGCUGAUGCAGACGGCUAUGCAAGAGGGGAGGGAAUUGCUACCGUUGUUCUAAAGAAACUCAGCGAUGCCGUGGCAGAUGGAGACCCGAUCGACUGUAUCAUCAGAGCCACGCAAGUCAAUCAAGAUGGCCGCACUAUGGGGAUCACAAUGCCGUCGGGUACUGCCCAGGCGGCCUUGAUCCGCUCCACAUAUAGUAAGGCGGGCUUGGAUCCAAUUAGUCGGCCUCUAGAUCGAUGCCAAUACUUUGAAGCCCAUGGGACUGGAACGGCGGCGGGAGAUCCUCAGGAAGCCUCGGCGAUAUAUAGGGCGUUUUUCACCAGCGACAACGGCCAUACUAAGAGCCCGGCAGCAGACGACCUAAAUCCACUUUACGUGGGAUCAGUGAAGACACUCAUCGGCCAUACUGAAGGCACUGCGGGCUUGGCAGGCCUAAUAAAAGCAUCGCUGUGUCUCCAACAUGGUGUCAUCACGCCCAACUUACAUUUUCAACAAGUGAACCCGGAUAUCGAGCCAUUCUAUGGCCGGCUGCGCAUUCCAACCCAGGUAAAACCGUGGCCUGCACUGCCAGAGGGAGUCCCACGUCGAGCCUCUGUCAACUCAUUCGGGUUUGGAGGCACCAACACCCAUGUAAUCUUGGAAUCGUACACUCAGGACUCCAAUAACGUGAGUGAUACUUCGAGUGGCGUGGGGAUGGUCCCAUUUGUAUUUUCUGGACAUUCAGAGAAGGCAUUGCAGAAUAUUUUAGCUGCAUUUAUCGAAUUCCUCAACCACCAACCUCAGGUGGACGCGAUUAACCUGGCGUGGACAUUGUUCCGUAGACGUUCAGUGUUCCCCCGACGGCGGGCUUUUACGGCCUCAUCCCUAAGCGCCUUGCGUAUUAAGCUGCAAGAAGAGCUUGCUCAUAGGAACUCUGCCGGCUUCGCUCCUGACCUUCAUCGUCCGCUCGCCACGCCGGCUCACAUCCUGGGGGUCUUCACCGGCCAGGGUGCACAAUGGGCACAGAUGGGUGCAGAUCUGCUCACACGGUCUCCAAGUAUCCAAGGCUGGCUUAGCGUUUUGCAGGAGUCUUUAAAUAGUCUGCCAAUAGAAUACCGGCCUUCUUACUCGCUCCUGGAAGAGCUGUCGGCACCGGAGGGUACCUCACGGUUGCACCAAGCAGCCAUCGCGCAACCCCUAUGCACUGCUGUGCAAAUCAUACUUGUCAAGCUCCUACGCUCACUUGGCAUUACGUUCUCAGCGGUGGUGGGCCAUUCUUCUGGUGAAAUCGCGGCAGCUUAUGCAGCCGGUGUUGUGACUGAAUCAGAUGCAAUUCGUAUCGCUCAUCUUCGGGGGUUUGUCGCAUUUCUGGCGGGCAAUAAUGGAAAAGAAGGGAGAAUGCUAGCUGCGGGGAUGAAUGCUGAUGAGGCACAAGCCUUUUGCCAACUACCUGAGUGGGUUGGGCGGGUCAAGGUUGCCGCAGUGAACUCGCCGUCCAGUGUGACAUUGUCCGGGGACGCGGAUGCCAUUGAACAGAUAGAAAUGCGUCUAAAAGAGCAGAAGCAAUUCGCACGUAUGCUCAAGGUUAAGACUGCGUACCACUCGCAUCACAUGCUCCCAUGCUUGGAGCCGUAUAUGGAGGCCCUUAAGAGGUGCCAGAUACAUCCACAGGCCUGUAAUUCUACAGCCUGGUUUUCCAGCGUCUAUGAUGGCGAGCAGAUACGAAAUAGCCAUCUAGAUCUUAUGUGGGCUGGCUAUUGGCGCGACAAUAUGGCGAAUGCUGUUUUGUUCACACAGGCUGUCACAGCGGCCAUGCAUACGAUGACUCCAGACAUGGUGAUCGAGGUAGGCCCUCAUCCUACCCUGAAGGGCCCCGUUCUACAGACCAUUUCCGGUCUAUCUAGUGAAGCGCCGGAGCCAAGAUACGUUGGUCUGCUCAACCGUUUCACCUCCGGUAUAGAAACCUUUUCGGCGGCAAUCGGGGAGCUGUACCGCAUGGUAGGCCCAGACAAGCUAGACCUGGAGUCACACAUUCGGCAUUUUGACAGUAGGGAGGCUUUCGCCGUCGUUAAAGAUCUCCCACCUUACCCGUUUGACCGGACUCAAAGGUACUGGGCCGAGUCACGAUAUUCCAAGGCACUUACCCACCAUGCGGGAAGAGCAAACCCGCUACUGGGCACCCUGACUCCAAACAGUACCAACAACAAAUACGUUUGGUGCAAUAUCCUCCAUCCACGAGAUAUGGCGUGGCUCAAUGGCCAUAUGAUUCAAUCCCAGGCAGUUUUCCCGGCCACAGGGUAUGCGGCAAUGGCAAUUGAGGCCGUGCAUAUCAUUGCAGAGGACAGGAGCAUCCGGCUACUGGAGUUAUACGAUCUUCGCAUCCAGACGGCUAUAGCAUUUGGUGAUGAUAGUAGCCCCGGUGUCGAGGUAUUGUUUCACUUGGAUCGAAACUCUAAAGAAGAGGAUAGACUAGGUGUAAAAUUUACCUGCUACGCCAAUAUUGGGGGUCGCCUCCAAGAAUGUGCCUCAGGUAAUUUAGUCGCCAGAUUUGGCGAGCAGAGCCCCUGUGUGCUUCCGAAACGGUUGCAGAAUACCUGCCAAAUGGCAGAGGUUGACAUGGAUGCUUUCUACGAACACCUGGGCACACUGGGGCAUGGGUAUACGGAUCUAUUCCGUGGUAUGCAUUCCGUCCGGCGCAAGCAGGGCACCUCGAGCGGCUGUAUCUGGAAUCCUUGUCAGCAGGAUCCACAGUCUAUGCUGAUAAUACACCCAGCCCUGAUGGAUACAUUGCUACAGGGUCUACUUCCAGCCUCAGGCCUGCCAGAGGAUGGCCGGUUACACACGCUGCAUGUCCCUACUCGGAUUGAUCGGAUAACCAUCAACCCGUAUUUCUUUGGCUGCCGUGCUCACGAGUUAAGGGAGGAGCUUCAUUUUGACGCGGAGAUUACACAGAUAGAUCCGGACGGUACCUGUGGGGAUGUCGCCCUCUAUGACCAUACUGGAAAUGGGAUUAUACAUGUCGAGUGCUUGGAAACAUCUCCGCUGGCGCGUCCCACCGCGGCAGAUGAUCGCUUGCUGUUCUCUAAAUUAGCCUGGGGCCCAUUGCAUCCGGAUGGCAGGCUGUUGUCAUGUGUCGCAACCCACCGGAGUGUGCGUCAAUCGGAGCUAUCGGAACAGCUAUCUCUGUUAUACAUACAAGAUGUACAAGUUCAGCUGACAGCCGAGGACCGCGCCAACCUGAGCCCGCAUGGCAUUCGGAUAGUGUCUUGGAUCGACCAUACCCUAUCAAUGGUCCGUAACGGGACGCAUCCUACCUGUCAAACAAACUGGCUAAACGCGGAUCUGACCCAGAUUGCCAAUGAGCUGACGGAGGUGGCCCUGGAAGUAGACGCAAGUAAGAUACAAACAGUCGGCCAGAACCUGCUACGUGCCUUGAGAUAUGAGACAUCCAUCCUCGAGGAGCUAAGCCAGGCUGGCCUUCUGAGUCGAAUGUACUGCGAAUCCGAUGAUUUUGCCCCGUGCAGCGAAGCCUAUCUCGCGCCCCUUGUACAGCAAAUCGCCUUCCGUUUCCCGCGUAUGAAGAUCCUAGAGAUCGGCGCAGGCACUGGGUUGGCCACGAGCACGAUCCUAGAUCGAAUUGGGCCGUCGUUCCAUUCCUACACGUUCACAGAUGUCUCCAAAGGUGUCAUUGAAGAUGCACAGAAGAAGUAUGCUGAGCAUGCCGACAAGUUCAUCUAUCGCGUUCUGGAUAUUGGUGUUGAUCCCACAUCCCAGGGAUUUGAACCUCACUCGUACGAUCUGGUUGUGGCGGCCGGCGUGCUUCACACCACUGCCAAUAUGCAAGACACUUUAAGACAUGUUCGUUCUCUGCUCAAGCCUGGAGGCUACUUGGCUGUGUUGGAGGGCACUAAUCCGAAUCUCCUGCGUCUCUCCUUUGUCCACGGGAGCCUCGAUAGAUGGUGGCCUAGCGAGCAAGACAAGAUCCGACCUUGGGGGCCGAUGCUUCCCGUCAUGGAGUGGGAUUCUAUACUAAAACGAACGGGCUUCUCAGGAAUAGACACAAUCAUUAAUGAUGAUGGCAAUCGGCUGGCCUGUAUGUCAGUGUUCAUCUCUCAAGCAGCGGACGACACCAUCAGCCUCCUCCGUGAUCCGCUACGGUCUCCUCCACUAGCCCCUACACCAAAGGACCUGAUAAUCUUAGGCUGCGCAAGUAGCAAGACAACAGAGCUCAUCUUAGCCUUGAAAACCAUGGUGGGGCCUUUCUUCCGUCAAACGCUCGUCGUGGAUGGACUAGAUGACGUCCAGAGGUACUCAUCAUGGAGCAUGGCUACGGUGCUUAGUCUUCUGGAACUGGACCAACCCAGCCUCUGCUCUAGUCUCCGGAAGCAAGACCUGGAAUCUUUACAGACGGUAUUAAACGCUGCCCAGAAUCUCCUCUGGGUUAAUGCAGGCUCCUUAACAGACAACCCGGCCCAGACUGUGUCACAGGGAUUCCUACGCUGCCUACGCCACGAGAACACUUAUGCACGUGUCCAGCAUCUGAAUGUCGCCGAUCGAGCAUGUCUUUCAUCGCAACUCAUUGCUGAGACAUUGCUGCGCUUGGUGUUGCCCACAUUUGAAAACCAAUACGAUUUGCCAGUCGCUGUCUGGACGACGGAGCCAGAGCUGCGCUGGAACGGCAGCACGAUGGAAUGUGCACGUAUCAUCGACGAUGUUGGGAUGAACGAUCGAUACAUGUCCAAAAGGCGCAAUAUCGAUCACGUUGUCAACCUGGAGAGUUCCAACUGUGAAGUGAUUUUGACGAAGGGGCGCUACACUAUUGUCCAGUGCUCCCAACAUCUUCAUGAACCCACAAACGAAACAUACACCAAGAUCAAAGUCAGCUGGUCUACCCUGUGGGCAUUACGAAUAGAUGAGGCUGGAUUUCUAUAUUUGGUCAUCGGUCAAGAAUGUGACACUCUUGUCCCGGUCAUUGCACUGUCUCGCAGCCUCGCAUCCACCGUCAUCACCCCGGUUAGCUGGACUAUCCGGUACGGCCAGCCCCCUGGAGCAGAAGACCAGAGCCUCUUGGGCGCUGUCGCGUGGGACUUGAUGGCAAUAUCCCUGGUCAGAGCUACUACCCCUGGUACCUGUUUGUUGAUACAUGGUGCGUGUCAAAGUCUCCGAGACGCAGUGAAGCAGCAGGCGUUGGUCAGAGGUGUCCAACAUUUGUUCACCACCAGCAGCGAUGAAGAGUUAUCAGACGACGUCAUCUUCAUCCACCCCUCGAUCACAUACCGGAGACUGACAUGUCAGCUUCGUGGGAACAUUUCCCUCAUUAUCCAAUUAGACAGACAGGCUGGCUCGAUAUCCCGCCACCUCCGCUCUCUUUUCCCCAAUGCUAUAAUUCAGGACAUAACCAAUCUGUGUCACACCUCCCCUGUACUUCAUCCCAAACACGACGUCGAAUUGGUUAGCCACGACCUCAACCGCGCUUAUAGCAUGGCCUGUCAGCUUGCGGGGAAGAGCAUCAAUGCCAAUAGCCUGAGUCUUCCCGCUCUCCAGGGCAUUCAACCAAAAAUAGAAGGAUUGAGUCUGUUGAACUGGCGGGAGGUUUGUGAUGUGUCCGUGCGUACACAAUCGGCCAGCUCCGAUAUCCAUCUAAGCCCAAACAAAACAUACCUGCUGAUUGGAAUGGCUGGCGACCUUGGGAGAUCGGUAUGUGAGUGGAUGGUUUCCCGAGGGGCACGCCAUAUAGUUCUGGCGAGUCGCCGGCCACAAAUCGAACAGCACUGGUUUGACGCAAUGUCCAACGCUGGUGCGAGAGUAAUCACGAUGGCCAUGGAUGUUACUGACCGAGAGUCGAUUCUCGCUGUUGACGCCCAGAUCCGCGUCAAAUCCCCGCCACUAGGUGGUGUGGUCAACGGAGCAAUGAUACUUAAGGACCAGAUGUUCGCUAAUAUGUCCUGUGAUGUUUUGCAGCAGACACUCAAGCCCAAAGUUCAGGGGAGUUUGCUACUGGAUGAGAUUUUUGGCAGUGUGCCUCUUGACUUUUUCAUCAUGUUUGGAUCUCUCACAUCUCAGUUAGGCAAUAUCGGCCAAUCAGCAUACGCAGCUGCCAAUAGCUUUAUGGCCAGCAUUGUGAAUAGACGGAGAGAUCGAGGCCAGGUAGGAAGUAUCAUCAGCCCCGGCUCUAUCCAAGGGGUCGGGUAUUUAUCCCGAGCACAGUCUUGGGUGAUGCAGUCGCUCCGCGAAACCACGGGCAGCGCUACUCUUUCCGCAGGAGAUAUCCACGAGCUGUUCGCGGAAGCCAUUCUCGCAGGGCCUCCGGACGCUGGCAAGCCUGCGGACAUUAUUGCAGGUUUGUCGUACGUAUCACCACCGACGCAACCGGGUGUCAUAUGGAUCAAUAAUCCAAAAGCCUGGCACCAUGUCAACCAUUUCAAUCAAGGAACUACAGGCGACCUGAAAAUGACAACAGACAGCGUUGAUAUUAAGACCCACUUACAAACCGUUACGUCCAAAGAAGAUGCCAUAAGACUUAUUGAACCUGCUUUUUUGGCCAAAGUGCGCCGCAAGUUGCAGCUUCCUGACGAUGAAAUCAUCUCCCGCGACUCGAUGCUGGUGGAGCUAGGAAUCGAUUCCUUAGUGGCUGUUGAGCUCCGGACAUGGUUCGUUAAAUAUCUCGGUAUUGAUCUGGCCGUGUUGCAGCUCCUCAACGGCGCGUCUAUUGGCCAGCUCGUGGAGGAGGUCAGUGGCCGACUAGUGGAAAGGCUGCAAGUUCAGGAGGUAGCCUCCCCUGCAACCGAUGUGGACGCUGUCGAUGUUCAAACCAGUCCGAGUGAUAGCAGCCAGCUGUCAACAUCCUUCCCUACCUCGCUAGACUCCUCCGAUAUAGAAAGCUCCCCGACAGGUAGUGCACCCGCUUCCAAGGAGUAUCCUGAACUCCCUACAGCGAGCACACCAAGCUUGUCCCAACCGAUAUCGGGCCCUGAGUUUGAAAAGACCGAGAGACUGUCAUUUUCACAGGCACGCUACUGGUUCCUCGAUAACUUCAUAGAAGACAAAACAACGCAUAACGUCGCUAUGAUGUUUAACCUGGACCGAGUGCCACGGGUGGACGACUUGAAAACCGCGGUUAAUCGUGUGGGGAUGAGACAUGAGGCGCUACGAACUUGUUUCCUAUCCGGGAUUAACGGGAGUAACGAUCCAUGUCAGGCCGUGAUGUCGACCUCACACUGGCAGCUGGAAGUCAAUCACGUUGAUACUGCCGACGCAGUCAGAGAGGUAUAUGCGAGAGUCCGUGACCAUGUUUAUGAUCUCGCCCAUGGGGACAUCGCACAGAUCUGCCUCGUCCUUGCCCCAAAUGAUAUCCAGGUCCUCAUUAUCGGAUAUCAUCAUAUCUGCCUUGAUGCAGCCAGUGUGUUCAUCCUCUUUGAGGAGCUUGAAUUGGCCUACCAGCACAAGGCGCUGCCUGCUCUUUCCCUGCAAUACCCGGCGUUGGCCGCCGCACAACACACUGCGUUUGAAAGAGGGGAGUAUGCCAGAGAGUUAGAAUACUGGCGAACGGAGUUCGCUAACCUGCCUGGCCCGAUGCCUCUUCUUCCAAUGUGUCGCGUGCAGUCCCGACCAGUUAUCAAGAAAUACGCCAUAACCACUGUGCGACAUAGCCUACCUCCCUCGGUCACUGCCCAGGUCCAAGCCAUCUGCCGCAGGAAUCGGACUACUCCAUUCAACUUCUACAUGGCUGUCCUGUGGACUUUCCUUGCCAGACUUACAGACAUGGAUGAUGUCUGCAUCGGGUUUGUGGACGCUGGCCGAGCCGAUGCCAUUAGCAUGCGCACAGUUGGUUUCCUGCUGAACAUUCUGCCCAUUAGGCUUUCCGUGGACAAUGCUUCGCGGCCGUUUCGACACAUCCUGGAACUAAUGAACGAGAAGACCAGAUUGGCGAGGGCCAAUUCCAGACUCCCUUAUGAUGCAAUGCUGACUGAGCUGGGGGUACCUCGGUCGACAGCAUAUAACCCGCUUUUCCAGGUCCUGAUGGACUGGCAGCCGCAAUCCGGCGCCAGUUACAUGUUCGACGAUAUCAAGAUUGUGAGGAAGGAAUGGGUACCCGGAAGGUCACCGUACGAUCUCACGCUGCAAUUCGUAGGAUCGGAAGACGGAUCGACCGUCAUUGACUUUCAUUUACAAGAAGACCUAUUCUCGAGACGGGAAGCAGACAUCGUGGCGCAGAGCUAUGGUGGAUUAGUACAAUCGUUUGCUAUGUCAGCGGAAGCCAACGUGAUGCAGCCCCCCUUGUAUUCACCGCUGGAUGUGCAGUCGUCAAUUGACCUUGGCCGAGGUCAGUUGCUGACAUCUCAGUGGCUAUCCACAAUUUCCAGACAUAUCGAUGAUGUAGCAAGAUCCCACCCUGCUCAGAUAGCCAUGCAGGAUGCGGGCGGGCCUACUGCGCUCACAUACAGCCAGCUCAUGAUCCGAGUGAAUGUGAUCGCGAGUAAACUCCAUGGUAUGGGUGUGGGACCUGGUUCGCACGUGUGCCUGUUCCAGCAUCCGACGACGGGGUGGAUCAGUUGUAUGUUAGCCAUUUGGCGGCUAAAUGCGACUUAUGUGCCUGUUGACUUGCGGAAUCCAUUACCGCGCCUAGAAACCAUCAUCCAAGCUUGCCAACCGCAGGCCAUCCUCUGCCACGAUGAGACGGAAGCUGACGUCCACCGAGUCUCAUGCCCUAGCCCAACACACAUACUCAAUAUUUCUCAUCUCAAUUAUGAUACGACUACACCCGUACUGGAAAAUCAGUCGACACCCGAAGCAUGCUGCGUGAUUCUUCAUAGCAGUGGCACCACGGGUCAACCAAAGGGGAUUUCUCUAAGGCACUCGAGUCUUCGCAACGUGAUAGAAGGCGAUGUACAGCAAUUCAAAUUAGGGAGUGAAACCGUUCUGCAACAAAGCGCCCUGACAUUCGACUCCUCGCUCAUUCAGGUGCUUGUCGGACUAGCCAAGGGCGGAAGGGUAAUUGUAGUCCCUCGCUCGUUGAGAGGGGAUCCUGUCGAAUUGGCCAAAAUCAUAGUGGAGGGGGAAGUGACCUAUACUGCAGCAACGCCAUCUGAGUAUGCCACCUGGCUUCCGUAUGGCGGGGAGACUUUGAAAAAAGCAACAAGCUGGAGGAUUGCGUGUUCGGGAGGAGAACUUUUGACACGAUCCCUUGGUUUGGAAUUUCAACGUCUCGGGAUGCCAGGCCUGCGCCUCUUCAACAUGUACGGCCCAGCAGAAACUACUAUAAUUUCCCAUAAGACGGAAGUCCAGUAUCAGGACUUGGAUCCUUCGACAUACACAGAAGGUGCAUAUUCGGUUGGGAAUCCACUUCCCAACUACACAACGUACAUUGUCGAUAAGCAACUGCAGCCAGUGCCACAGGGCGUAUCAGGGGAAGUACUGAUAGGCGGUGCGGGUGUCGGUUUGGGCUUUUUCCAUCUGGAAUCAUUGACCAAGAAGAAGUUUAUCUCUAAUAUCUAUGCCACUCAAGAGGACCUUGACCGGGGCUGGACACAUGUGUACCGGACAUCCGAUCGCGGCCGUCUGCUUCCCGACGGGGCUCUGGUCAUUGAAGGUCGGAUAGAUGGGGACACCCAAGUGAAGCUGCGUGGAAUCCGCAUAAAUCUGCAAGAUAUGGAAUAUGGAAUCUUGCAGGCCGGUAGGGGCACUCUCAUCCGAGUGGUCGCAUCACUCCGGGGCAAGACUGAUAAUGCGUUCCUUGCGGCUCACGUUGAAUUUGAUCCAGUUCACUGGGAAAAGCGAGAAAGCCUAUUACAGCAGAUUCGCGCCAGUUUAACGCUUCCACAAUAUAUGUGGCCUGCUAUCAUUGUUCCUGUCGAGAAAAUUCCACUCAAUAUGCACGGUAAAAUUGACCGUCAUGCAGUGAACGCGCUGCCAAUCAGCGUCCUUAAGAGGACGCAAGACGAGUCUUCUCUGACCACUAGUCUCUCCCCUUCAGAACAUAGGUUACGACGAGCUUGGGCUAAAGUCCUGCAAGAUACUGUCGAUAUCUGUACGAUCGGCCCCAGCACGGACUUUUUCCUCGUGGGCGGGAACUCCCUUUCCCUCAUCAAGCUGCAGGCAAUCAUCGUCCAGGACCUGGGGGUGAGAGUCCCCCUGGCUGAGUUAAUGGAAGCGAAUCGACUCAGCGAUAUGGCAGAGAAGAUCGCGCGCUAUCAGACUGUAGCCCCGAUUGACUGGCAAUCAGACACCUCAGUCGAUGACCUCCAGAGAGACAAUUCAACACAAGGCCAUCCCCCUCGAACUAGUAAUGAUCUAACCGUCAUCCUAACCGGUGCGACAGGUUUCCUAGGGUCACGAAUCCUCCAGGGCCUGGUAGCGAGUCCGCAUGUGGGCCGCAUCCACGCAGUUGCAGUACGCAGCGCACCCGGACACCAGGGCCGAGUUCUCGUGAGCACGUCGUCGAAAGUCACAACCCAUCACGGCGACCUAGGAGCUCCACUUUUAGGUCUGGAUCCAGAGAUAUUUGCAUCGCUGGCGAAAGAUGCUGACCGUAUUGUUCAUUGUGGCGCGAACCGGUCGUUCUGGGACGCGUACCCAGUCGUGCGCGCGGAGAACGUUCACAGCACCAAGACGCUUAUCCGUCUCGGGCAGCGUCGUCAGGUUCCUAUUCACUUCAUCUCCAGCGGAGAAGUGGCAUCUAUCCCUGUGGAUGAGACGCCUCCUCUCAAUGGGGCAGACGGACAUCUGGCUUCAAAGUGGGCGAGCGAGCGACUGCUCACCAACGCUGCGGAUCGCCUCGGACUGCCUGUUUGCAUCCAUCGUCCUGUUCAGGCAGAGCACAUGAACCCUCCGCCGGCGGACCUCGAGAAAGAAUUCCACGACCUUGUCUUCAAGCUAGAAAGUGUCCCUACGACUGGAGGGUUAAGGGGCAGCUUUGCGCUGAUGCCCCUAGCCGAGAUCUCGGACGCAAUGGUAGCUGCCGUGGUGGGCAAUCAGGAAUCGAAAAUGAUCAUUCAAGAACAUGUCGCCGAGGUCAUUAUCCGCGUGGAGGAUGUAAACAACAUAUCCGCAGCAUGCGACCCUGGGGUUAUUGAAGAUUUCCCACGGAUUCCUGCAACGCACUGGAUUGGGCGCGCCAAGAAGGAAGCAGGAUUUACCUGGUGGGUCUCAGGGCAGGAUGCUGGUUUGGAAGAAGAUAGUAAGGAGCUUCGGAUCUCCACUCGACGGUGA